GGUGAGUAAAUGAUGACCAAAUUUUCUUUUUUGAAGAAACUAUCCCUUUAACAAUGUAUACAGUACUAGCAUUUGAAUUUUUUUUCAUUUUGUAUUAUUAUUAUUGUAAUGUACACCUAACAAACUUGGCUUCUUAUUUUGUUCUCUAACACAGUGAUAUUUGUAUAGUUUGAAGUUUAGCAUAAGUAAAACAAAACAUUUGCAAAAACUUUUUGUGGCUACUCUAUAAAUACAAGUGGCUGUCACCUAUCAACUGUCAGUAUUGAUUUGUUUGAUAUCUUCUGGCAUUGAUACAUCAGACAAAAGGUGCAGUGUGCAGGUUUGUUUGCAACAGUAUGCAAAAUAGAGCUUUUACAUGGAGCUUUAUCAGUUGGAUCACUUAUGUCGGUGUGCAUGUUGCUGUCUGCUGAUGUGCUGAUAUGUUGGUUUGUGUAUGUGUGUUGCAGUAAGAGGCUAGUGGUAGUUGUGCCCAAUGAGCCGUCCUUCCACUCGCGGCGGGCCUACACCAGCGAGGAUGAAGCAUGGAGGUCUUACCUGGAGAAUCCUCUCACUGCGGCCACCAAGGCCAUGAUGAGCAUCAAUGGAGAUGAGGACAGUGCAGCAGCUCUUGGGCUCCUCUAUGAGUACUACAAGGUGCCCAAAGAUAAAAGAGUAUUACCUAUUAGCAAAGUGGUUGAAAUUUCAGAAGAGCAAGAAAAGAGAAACACCACAGUAGGAAACAGCAGUCAAACAGAGCCGGAGACGGUAGAUAACCACGUCCAGGUGCUAAAAUCAGUACCGGUGAAUCUGUCGCUCAACACCGAUCACCAGGACAGUAAACGGGAACAGUACAUCACAGGCCAGGGGGAGAGCGGGACCGUUGCGGUGGUAAAAGCUGAAGUUUACACCCCUAUCCUCUUGGGUUCAGGGGUUCACUACAGAACCGAGGGGGAAGAACAAACGCGGGUCAUCUACGAGCAGGCCCACUCGUUCGACACGUCUGCUGUCUGCCAUGGUGGAUUUGGGAAGGACGAUCACCGCAGCAGUCCAGAUAGCACAUACGAAGAAGACAGCAAUGAAAAGUAUCGCCCAUCAUCUCUUGGAGCUGAUGACUUCAUAUACGACCAGACCGAUAUAGAUACGUUUCAGUACACACUAGAAGCUACCCGGUCAUUACGACAAAAACAAGGUGAGGGGCCUAUGACCUACCUGAACAAGGGCCAGUUUUACGCCAUUACACUGAAUGAGACCAGUGCCAAUAAACGUCUCCGACAUCCCAUCAGCAAAGUGAGGAGUGUCAUCAUGGUUGUGUUCAGCGAAGAUAAGAACCGCGAUGAGCAGCUCAAGUACUGGAAAUAUUGGCAUUCUCGCCAGCACACAGCUAAGCAGAGAGUUCUGGACAUUGCUGACUACAAAGAAAGCUUCAACACAAUCGGGAAUAUUGAAGAAAUCGCCUACAACGCCGUGUCUUUUACCUGGGAUGUGAAUGAGGAAGCAAAGAUCUUCAUCACAGUGAACUGUCUGAGCACAGAUUUCUCCUCUCAGAAGGGUGUGAAGGGUCUUCCUCUCAUGAUCCAGAUUGACACGUACAGCUACAACAACCGCAGUAACAAACCCCUACACAGAGCUUACUGUCAGAUCAAGGUCUUUUGUGAUAAGGGAGCGGAGAGGAAGAUCAGAGAUGAGGAGAGGAAACAGAACCGCAAGAAAACAAAAGGAAAGGAUGGAGGAGUUGGAGCAAUUACCCUUCAAAAAAAGUGUGACACCACCUUCUUUAAAAUGAUGAGUGAUCUGGACGCCCAGCCUGUUCUGUUUAUACCUGAUGUGCACUUUGGGAACCUGCAAAGAGCGGGCCAGGUAUUUGCCUUUAAUACUGAGGAAAUUGACAGAGAGGGAAGUGUCCUGGUGAAGAGAAUGUUCCGGUCAUCCGAAGAUGAAUUCAGUCCCCCUCCUCAUAAACAAUUUAAAGAAGAAAUACUCAAGAAAGUGCUUCUGUAUGUUAGAAAAGAGUCUGAUGAGGUGUUUGAUGCUCUAAUGUUGCGAACACCCACUCUCAAGGGACUGAUGGAUGCAAUUUCAGAGAAAUAUGGUGUGCCCAUCGACAGAAUGGCCAAGAUUUACAAGAAGAGCAAGAAAGGGAUCCUGGUGAACAUGGAUGACAAUAUCAUUGAGCAUUACUCUAAUGAAGACACGUUUAUCCUGAACAUUGAAAACUACGGUGAUGGAUACAAAAUCACAUUAACGGAAAUAUGAUCUUCAUCGCAUGCAUUUUACUGUACAGACUUAUUACUUGGACUGACUGUAGCCGUCAACAUGCAGUUAAAUUCACGUAGACCGACCGUCAGCUACAUCUGAUUCAAUAUGAUCUGCCAAUUCAUUUGAAAUCACUAAAAGUUGAUAUACCUCAUUCCUAAAAGACCUCAACAUGGAUUCGAGUAUGAAUAAUUCAUUGAGGGUUCAAAUGAUCCUGGAUCUGUCCAGUGGGAAAUAUGCUGAUGGAUGUUUGUCAUUAUCCUGCUGUGAAACGCAUCCAAAAUUCCUUAUGUACAGGAUACAAAUGCGGACUGAAUCACAUUUCAUGUAGUUUUGAAGAGUGUCCAGAAAUUCAAGUCAGAAUUUAUCCAAAAGGAGUGGAAUUUUAUUAGAGACAUUUGUAAGAGAGAUGCGGUAUUCACAUAAAAACUAAAGUUGCUCUGAUGUAUAUGAUACAUAAAGCAAGUGUUUCCAUUGGGAAUGUAAUGCUGAAUUACACUGUUACCUGUAGAGCUACUGAUCUGUGAAAGGGUCCAAUACUGUAAAUGUUUGUUUCUUUUUGUUUAACGUUAUUAUUAAUAUUAUUAUUUUUUUAACAUAGUAAAUAUCAUUUAGUUUCUGAGUGUCUGACAUAUUUCUGAUGUACAUACCACGUGUGCCAUUUCAAGUUUUUUAUGAUUAGGAAACAUGUUUGAAUAAUGCUGAACUGUAAUGCACCACAAUUUAUAAAAAGCAUUGGGCAUUUGUAGCCGAGAUUCAUUUCAGCCAUCUUUAUGGCCAAGAUAUUUGCAUUUUCCAUGUUUAUAAUUAUGUACUUCAUAUUCCAUGUCUUCCAAAAAGAAAUUAUGUAAAAGGGCACUUUGGAAAAUAAUAAUUUGUAAAUAAAUGUGUUUUUAU